CUACUGUUGAUACUAAAAUUGAUAACUAAUCCACUUCUUCAUGUACAAAAAAUAAGGCAUGUGUCCAUGCAAAUCCAUGCAGAUUCUGUGACUGGUUUUAUUUUACCUCUAGAGGGCUGUUUUACAACAUCUCCAUAUACACACUCCACAUUUCAUUUUAUUUACACUACUUAACGAUUUUUUCUACCAUAUUGGAGAGAAAAGUAGCAGCACGGUCAUGGGUCUUUCAAGCAGAGAACUUUGCUCAUGCAUGGUUUUGCAUAAUUACACAUUUGACUAAUGGCAAAGUCCACCUUCACAAAGAAAUAAAAAAGCAAUACGAUUUCAGUUGGACUAAAGAAUUUACGUUACAUAUUGAAAAAAGAUAAAUUAUUGCUUUAUUCCAACUGAAAUUGAUUUUUGCAUGCAACCAAACAUCAUAAAGUCACAUACUAUAUCCAAGAUGAUAAUUAUCCAUCCAUUUAUUAUCCAAACCUUUGGGAUACUCAUUUUGGCAUGCUAUGAUUUUAGACACACUAAUUCUAAUCUUGGGGCAGCAAGGUGGUUCAGUGGGUAGCCCUGUCGCCUCACAGCAAGAAGUUCCUAGGGUUGGGUCAAGUCCCGACUCAGCCAGGAGGCCUUUCUGUGUGGACUUUGCAUGUUCUCCCCGUGUCUGCGUGGGUUUCCUCCGCAAUCCAAAGACAUGUAGGUCAGGUGAAUUGGAGACACUAAAUUGCCUGUAGGUAUGAAUGUGUCUGUGUGUGAAUCCUGUGAUGAACUGGCCAUCCAUUCAAGGUGUUUCCCUGCCUGUGGUCCGAGACGCUGCUGGGUUAGGCUCCAGCUCCCCACGACCUGUACCAUAGUACUGAGACUGCUCUCGUUAGAGUUACUAAUGACUUGCUUUUAUCAUCAGAUCGUGGUUGUAUCUCUCUAUUAGUGUUACUGGAUCUUAGUGCUGCAUUUGACACUAUCGAUCACAACAUUCUUUUAAAUAGACUCGAAAAUUAUGUUGGCAUUAGUGGAAUUGCACUGUCAUGGUUCAAAUCAUACUUAUCUGACCGUUAUCAGUUUGUAGUAGUAAACGAAGAGAUGUCAUAUCGAUCACAAGUUCAAUAUGGAGUACCGCAAGGCUCAGUACUAGGACUGUUGCUUUUCACUCCGUACAUGCUACCCUUGGGAGAUAUCAUUAGGAAGCAUGGCGUUAGUUUUCACUGUUACGCUGAUGAUACUCAGCUCUAUAUUUCUUCGUGCCCUGACGAAACUUAUCAAUUCACAAAAUUAACAGAAUGCAUAGCUGAUAUAAAAAAUUGGAUGACCAGUAAUUUCAUACUACUAAAUUCAGAAAAAACAGAGAUUCUAAUUUUUGGACCAAAAACUUCUUCACGUAAUAACCUAGAAUACUGUCUAACACUUGAUGGUUGCUCUGUUAAGUCUUCGUCGUCAGUUAGGAACCUGGGUGUGCUCUUUGAUACCAAUCUUUCAUUUGAAAGCCAUGUUUCUAGCAUCUGUAAAACCGCAUUCUUUUAUCUUAAAAAUAUAUCUAAACUACGACAUAUGCUCUCAAUGACAAAUGCAGAUCAGUUAGUUCAUGCGUUCAUGACCUCAAGGCUAGAUUACUGUAACGCUCUACUGGGUGGUUGCCCUGCUUGCUUGAUCAAUAAACUACAGCUCAUACAAAAUGCAGCAGUUAGAGUUCUUACUAGAACCAGGAAGUAUGACCAUAUUAGCCCAGUUCUGUCAACACUGCAUUGGCUUCCUGUUAAACAUCGCAUAGAUGUUAAAAUCUUGCUAAUUACUUACAAAGCACUAAAUGGUUUAGCUCCCCAGUACCUGAGCGAGCUCUUAAUGCAUUAUAGUCCUUCACGUCUAUUGUGAUCUCAGAAUUCAGGCCAGUUGAUAAUACCUAGAAUAUCAAAAUCAACCGCAGGUGGUAGAUCCUUCUCUUAUUUGGCACCUAAACUCAAUCUUCCUAGCAUUGUUCGGGAAGCAGACACACUCUGUCAGUUUAAAUCUAGACUAAAAACACAUCUCUUUAACCUGGUAUACACAUAACACAUUAUAAAUUGAUGUUUUCAAAUCCGUUAAAGGAUUGUUAGGCUGCAUAAAUUAGGUCAGCUGGAACCGGGAACACUUCCUAUCACACCAGAUGUACUUGUUACAUCAGAAGAACAAUGGCAUCUACGCUAAUAUUAGUCUCUCUGUUUAUCCCGAGGUUUACCGUAGUCGGCCAGAUCCGGGCCAUAUCCAGGUGAGAUCGAGGACCUGCACUGUGAAGGCCUCAUCGACACGAAAGCCAGUGGCACAGUUCCUCAACAAACCGUCCAUACCGGCAUGAUGAAUACGAUCCUUAACUGGAUGGAACUGGAAUACAUACUUUGACUGUUGCGAUCCCAUCAGACUUAUUAUGAUUCAGGCAGCUAUCAUAAAGCACUGUUCGCUGUUGGCCAGAGGAGAACUGGCCCCCCGACUGAGCCUGGUUUCUCCCAAGGUUUUUUUCUCCAGUUUAACACCCGUUUGACUCCUGACGUCACCUGUUGGAGUUUGGGUUCCUUGCCGCUGUCGCCUUUUGGCUUGCUUAGUUAGCUUAUAUUCAACAGUGUUUUGAUCUGCCUGCAUUGACACCAUUGUAUGCGAACUGAACUGAGCUGGAUGAUGACAUCACUGUUUACUCCAGUGCUGAUAUAGAUAAAUUAACUAAAUUAAUAACUUCUUGCAUUGGAAUGAAUCAAUACUGAAUUUACUUAAGAUGGAUAAUGACACCAUUUUCUUUAAGAUCUGUUGUGCAGCCAAAAUUAUAUACCAGUUAUCACUGUAAAGUGGUGUGGAAAAUGAGUGGAUGGAUAAUUCUAUCUUGGAUACUAUUUAGGGUAAAUAGUAUGUGAAAUGGAAUAUAGGUUAAGGACUGUUUCAGUGUGGUUGGUUCUUUUUAAAAUGUAAUGUAAAUUCUUUAGUCCAAAUGAAAUCAAAUGAAAAAAAUUUUUUUUUCUUUGUGAAGGUAGACUAACAAACCUACAUACUGCGAUCAUAGGUUGGCUUCACCCAGCAAAUACCUACAGCAUAGUAAACACAUUAAUCAGACUAAAAAUGGCCUCUGUGUUGUGUGCUCACUGUCUGUAAGACAGAGGUGAUGUGUGGCGUGUAUGUAAUCCUUCAACUAUUCGAAUAUGCAUCGUCUCAUGAAUACUUGGACAGAAAGAUAGUGACUGUAUUUUGACUACGCAAAAACCUGCUAAAGGACAAUUAUAACUGGGCAUGUCCACAUGCUUAGUGUUUUUAGAACUGCAUUUUGUCUUGACAAACUUAAAGGUACAAUACGGAAUAACGGGGUCUCUAUCAACAUCUUUAUCUUCUUAUACAGCUUAUCAUAUUGACUCGAGUUAAAAAAAUAAAGUGGUAUUGAACACUGAUUUUUUUACAAUUAUUUUCCGUAGUGUACUAUGAUCUUCCCACUCUAAACAGAGUACUGUAUUCCUGUAAACCUUUAUAAAUCUUUAAUCUAGCUGAAAUACACAGUAAAUUUCACAUUUGUAUGCUGAAGAUGCUGGUUGCUGUGAUAUGGUUUAAAAUACAGUUAUUAUUUUGCUCUAGAUUACAUCAGGGAAUGGACACUGAAGCGCAAGAUUUUUUGCCACAUUUGAAUUCACUUUAUCUUUGCAUUUUGUGAAUUCACACAUUAACCAUAGAACCAGUAAAUAACAUUCAUGUUUUUCCCUGCAUUUAUUUAUCAGCUUUUAACAGAUCAGAGGCAGAUAAAUGUUACCUAUUCACAACAUUUCUACAUCCCAGGUUGCAUCCAGUAGACUUCCAGUAGACAUAAACAAUCAGCGACUAUGAACAAUUUAGCAUCAAAUACAAAAAUUAAGCUUUUUGAAACAUCAGUGUGCACACAGUUCUGUGUAAAAAUGUAAUGAAGGUAAAUUUUCUGUUGCUGUUUAAUAUUAUGAUGUGUGCUGUUUUAUUUUCAAAAGUAAGUUUUUAAAUUUUGCAGCAGGAUGAUGUUGUGAAGCAAUCAUUUUCUAUUGCAUUGUUUGCUUUAUUAUAAUAACACGUUGAAUUUGUGGUGGUCAGAUUGAGCAUCGAGAGAAAUGCAACUAAAAUUAUUCAGUGAAGUAUCAUCAUUAUUUCAAGUGUUGUGCAUUUUCCACUGAUAGCAUCAACAAACAGCUCAGGAUCAUAAAAUGUUUCUUGCAGGAGGAACGUCAGCCAUGAAACCAGAAAUGACACGCAGAGAUUGAUUACAGAGACCUGGGAUAGAUUACAGCAUAUCUGAGUCAGACAAUUCUGAAAUCUUUCCAUUGAGAUCUUUUCAGGUUCACUAGAAAAUAAAAUAAAAUAAAUGAUUAAAUAAAAUUCUGAUUCUGAAUAAUAGGCCUAUUCUUACUGUUUUGCUUAAUCACAGACGGUCAGAGAGAAAUAAUUGUAGACGUUCGCGUAAAACGAAGGCUUUAAGACCAAGCAGAAAGGCUCUGCCUACGACAUCCAGGGAAUCACACCCAGUAGUGACGGAACACCACGAGGUUUUGCCAAUUGCCAUAAACUAAGAAGCAUAAGAAGUUGUGGAAUCUAACCAUUCAACCAUCUGAGGAAUGUUCAAAUGUCAGCCAACCAGGAAGCACAAUCAGAUGAACUGCUGGCUCUAGCGAGCAUAUAUGAUGAAGAGGAGUUUAACAGGACAGAAUCAAGGCAGAGGGGCAAGAUACAUAUGUGCCUUGAGCUUCCUCCUAACUUCAGACUGCUAGUCAAGGGGGAGGCAUGCAUAGAGUGUGGUAUAUCCUUUCUACCCCCCGUGGUUCUGAGUUUUGAACUACCUACAGACUACCCUUCAUCAUCGGCUCCAGUCUUUACUCUAAGCUCCAAAUGGCUUUCAAGAUUCCAGAUCACUGCACUUUGCAAGAGACUGGACGAACUUUGGGAAGAGAACAGGGGCAAUGUGAUUCUUUUUACUUGGAUCCAGUUUCUAAAGGAAGAAACUCUAGAAUUUCUGAACAUCCAGUGUCCACUCGAGAUCCAAACCAUUGAUGGGCAGCCUCAAUAUGAAUCUGGUCAGAACCAAGCAGUAGACACCGCUGUAGAAAAGAGUAAAGUGCAAGAGUUGGACCAACGAGCAGUUCAAGAAGUUGACCCUCACACAGAUAUACUAACCCAGCUGCUGGAUUUUAAUGAAGCUCAGAAGCAGAAGGUGUUUGAUGGCAAGGUUUUUUGCUGUGGAAUCUGCUUCUCUGAGAAUCUUGGUUCCAACUCUUUGCUCUUCAAAGAGUGUCAGCAUGUCUACUGCAAGGCCUGUGUGAAGGAAUACUUUCAGAUCCAAAUUAGAGAUGGCAAAGUCCAGUGCCUUACCUGCCCUGAGCCUGAGUGUAUGUCCAUGGCCUCUCCUGCACAGGUGAAACUUCUCGUGGGCGAAGAUGAAUUUGCCCGCUAUGACCGCCUCCUUCUGCAGUUGAGUCUGGACCUAAUGGCAGAUGUUGUUUAUUGUCCACGCAUGAGUUGCUGCAUGGCUGUGAUCAUCGAGCCUGACACCAGCAUGGGAAUCUGCCCCUCAUGCCAGUUCGUCUUCUGCACCCUCUGCAAGCGAACAUACCAUGGUCUCUCUAACUGCAAAGAAUAUGAGCUUUGCAGGUUGAGGGAUGAGUACCUCGCUGCCAGUGAAAAGGAGAAGGAACAGCUUGAAAAGAGUUAUGAAAAGCAGCUAAUUCAAAGAGCAACUGAUGAGUCUUUAACUGAAGACUGGCUGAAGGAUAACUCCAAACAGUGCCCUUCCUGUGGUGCUAACAUACAGAAAAUAAUGGGCUGCAACAAAAUGACCUGCUCCUCCUGUAAGCAGUAUUUCUGCUGGAUCUGCCUUGCAGUGCUCGACAGAAGGGAACCCUACAGCCACUACAGAGACUCUAGCUCUCCGUGCUAUACUGAUGAAUAGUGGCUUUUGCCGACAUGUUAAUUAAAAAAUAUGACAGAUAACUGAUUGAUGACAAAUAUUUUUUUUUAAAUCACUCAUAUGAACUGAAACUUUUUUAAUAGUGCUGAACUUUAUUAGAAAAUGAACAAUAAUGACUUAAACAUGUGAAUGUUUGUAACUAUUAAAAUAAAUACAUAAAAAUAGCUAAUCUUUAUAACUACUGACACACUGAUGAUGCAAUGUGAUUUUAAAUAUAAUUUUCAAGUGCCACUGUAUAGGUUAUAUAUCCACGUGCCCUCAAAUGAACGUUAUACUGUUUAGAUCUUUUGCACAUACCAGUAACUACUUCAUAAGGUUUAUUGUGUAAGAACAGAGAAAUCUUUGGAAAACUAAAACAGAAAACAGGUUAUUCCUGUGCACAUGUCACACAUUUGUGCAGUAUGGACAUCUCCCUAGAUUUCAACAUCUCCUGACUUGCUGUGCAAUGAUCGUAUAUUUUAAUGCACCUCAUCCAUUUUACAGUGUUUGUUCUUUAGAUUGUCUUAUUGUUUGUAAUCCUGUUGACUCUUCUGUUUUGCAUACUCUGUGCAGCACUUUGGUUGACUUCGGUUGUUUUAAAUGUGCUAUAUAAAUAAACAUUGUAUUGUAUUGUA